AUGAAUUUCUACCCACCACCGUCAACAAUCCAAGCCGAAAUCUACGCCCGCAUCCCCUCUCACCUCCGGUGCACAGGCCAACCGACAGAGUGGCGCAGCGGCUCGGCACGCCCAGCAUCUGAUAUCUUCCUCGAGGGGCCAGUCUAUACGCAGAAUGGCGAUCUCUACAUUGUAGAUGUUCCAUACGGGAGGAUUCUCAAGAUAGACAAGAACAAGGAAGUAACCGAAUGUAUUCGCUACGACGGGGAACCGAACGGUUUAGUCGUCCGAGAAGACGGAUGUCUAGUGAUUGCGGAUUAUAAGCAGGGCAUCCUCCUAUUCUCCCCCACCACCAACACCCUAACCCCCCUCCUAACCCGGCGCAACCUGGAGCGCUUCAAAGGCCCAAACGACCUAAUUAUCUCCAGCAAGAACGAGAUCUACUUCACAGACCAGGGCCAAACGGGAAUGACGGACCCGUCCGGGUGUGUAUACCGGCUCUCUCCCGACGGAAGGCUAGACUGUCUCGUAUCGAACGGGAUAUCUCCGAACGGGUUGGUGUUAUCCCCCGAUGAGCGGUUCUUGUAUGUUGCUAUGACGAGGCAAAAUUCUGUGUGGAGGUUGCCGCUGCAUGCGGAUGGGAGCACGUCGAAAGUGGGAUUGUUCUUCCAGUCGUUUGGGUGUGCAGGGCCUGAUGGGCUGGCGGUGGACGAAGAGGGGAGUUUGUUUAUCUGUCAUCCUAGUCUUGGAUGUGUGUUUGUGGUGGAUAGGGAGGGGGUGCCGAAGGCGAGGAUUGUCACUGCGAAGGAUGGGGGAAAGAAUUUGACGAACUGUACGUUUGGCGGAGAGGAUGGGAGGACGUUGUUCAUUACGGAUAGUAUCGAGGGGAAUGUGCAGGUUGUGAGGUGGCAUUGUAGGGGGGUGGUUGGGGGGAGGGUUUUGAAGGCUAAAAUCUAG